ACACGAAACACGUGGGUCCUCUUCCCGACACGACUCGUGGCGCCCGACCGCGGAAGCGAUGAGACAAGCCGCCACCUUCCCCUCCUGCGCAGAUGGUCUCGCCCACAGCUUCCUUCCUGCCCGGCAGGGCGGCGGCCGCUCCGCUCUCCGGAAGUGUCUGUCCAGCCGCUCCCCGCCGGUGCCGUCUCCUGCCACCAGAACCAACAGCCACCAUGUCUAGCAAAAGAGCAAAGACGAAGACCACCAAGAAGCGCCCUCAGCGCGCCACUUCCAAUGUGUUUGCCAUGUUCGAUCAGUCGCAGAUCCAGGAAUUCAAGGAGGCCUUCAACAUGAUCGACCAGAACAGGGAUGGCUUCAUUGACAAAGAGGACCUGCACGACAUGCUCGCCUCCCUUGGAAAGAAUCCAACGGAUGAAUACCUGGAUGCCAUGAUGAAUGAGGCUCCAGGCCCCAUCAACUUCACCAUGUUCCUCACCAUGUUUGGUGAGAAGUUAAAUGGCACCGACCCAGAGGAUGUAAUCAGGAAUGCUUUUGCUUGUUUUGAUGAAGAAGCAACAGGGUUCAUCCAGGAGGACUACCUGCGGGAGCUGCUGACCACCAUGGGGGACAGGUUCACGGAUGAGGAGGUGGAUGAGCUGUACAGAGAGGCCCCCAUCGACAAGAAGGGCAACUUCAACUACAUCGAGUUCACGCGCAUCCUCAAACAUGGAGCCAAGGACAAGGAUGACUGAGCAAGUCCCUGGAUACCUGCACAUUCUCUACAUUUAUGUUUAUUUUUAAUGGUUUCUUCCUGAUAGAACUUGUUGCAUGCAUUUAGCUCCAAAGCUUUUGUCUUUUUCAAUAUAUUUAUCUAUUCCAGGCCAUUUAGGCACAUUUGCACCUGUAAUCAGACUGGAAGCAGGGAAAAUAUUUUGAGGGAAAGGCUACAGGAAAAACAUUCCCUGGAAUUGAUAGUCCAGGAAAAUAAUCUCAAGAUUUCUGGUUUUGCUGGAUUUUUACAUUUUUGUAAUAAAUGCCAUUUUGAAAUAAAGAUUGCUAUAUAGAUAAAAUACCUCAAAA